AUGAUUAGCAAACAAUUUGCUAUCGAUUCUUUGUGCGUUUAAUGCAAAGCGUGGGUCGGUUGGUAAAUUGUUAAUUAAUUGCGGGCAACAUUUCCAUUCGUUUUAACUGAAUAUACUGAAAAUGACGAGCAUAGAGGAGCAACCAAAAAUUAAACUUGGAGACUAUAUUGUAAUACAACGACAGAAAUAUACAAAAUUACAAAAAUUUGGUAAUCUGGAUGCAACAGCAACUUUGGGAAAAGAGCUGCUUGAGCUAAAGGGCCUACUGGAUCAACCAUAUGGAGCCACAUUUAGAAUGUGCCCUAAGGAGGAAUUGGGUAAAAGUCACCGAGGACGCCAAAGGCUGCAUGCUUUGGAGCUGUGCAAUGAACUAGAAAUGAGAAAUAUUCGUGAAGUAUUGGGCAUAUCUCAAAGCGGUGACGAUAACCGAAACAUAAAGGAUGACGGUGACUCCCAAGCUCUCAAAUCUGAAGAUAUAGAACAACUACGAGACGAAUGUAAGGAGAGUACGAAGAUAAUAGAAAAAAUUGUGGAAAAUUCCAAGACAUUCCACUCGAAAACGGAAUAUUCCCAAGAAAAAUACUUGAAAAAGAAAGAAAAGAAAUAUUUCGAAUUUGUCCAGAUCAGACAACCCACAAUACGUUUAAUCACUGAAAUGUAUUACAGACAAGAUGCUGAAAAAGUUAUGGGCAUACGGGUCGAUACUCUGUCACAAAUGAUAUCCUACUCUGGAGUUUCAGCGUUCGGAAAUUAUUUGCUGUACGACAGUGGAUCUAAUGGAUUGUUGCCAGCUGCUUUUCUUAACUCCAUUGGAGCUGAUACUGAGGCAACAAUGGUACAUAUGCACCCGGGAAAUAUCCCACAAAAGCAGGCCUUGUUAGCGCUUAACUUACCAGACGAGCAAACAAAUAGAUGUAUAUCUGUUAACAUUUACUCCGUCUUGAGAGAAUUUUAUCAAGGAACAGAAGAAACCAACUCUGAAAUAGUUGUUGCAGAACCAAGCACUAAAAAACAAAAAUUGAACGAAGUUGAAGACAAUGACGUUAUAGGUAGCGAAACGACUAAAGAAGAGAGACAAUCAGAACCCGCUACUAAGACGACACUUCAAAAAUGGCAAAUAGAAAAUCGUAGGGCAGUUAAUUUAAUGCACAACAAAUUCGACUCCCUAGUUAUUGCAUCCAAGGAACACCCUGCCAAUUUGGUGAAGGAACUAUUGCCCUUUGUAAAGCCGUCGCGGCCAGUUGUGAUUUUCAGUUUAUGCAAGGAAGUAUUAAUGGAAUUGUAUGUUGAAUUAAAGACGUCCUCAAAAGUGACCAAUUUGCACUUAACAUCCAAUUGGUUGCGUAUGUACCAAAUUUUACCAAAUCGCACGCAUCCUGAAGUUAAUAUGAAUGCCAAUAGUGGUUAUUUACUAACUGGUUAUACACUUGGUUGAAUAAACAAAAAUAAAAAAAUCCUGAUCGUUAUUUUUCCACCUCUUAGGAGCAAAGUGACAGUGCUAGGUCGAGUAAAACUCGGAUUGAUACGACGUGACCAAAACUUGGUUAUACGGAUAUUGUUUUUACUUUAAUAUGGUAAAAUUACUAGAAGUUGGUAUCAACCCAAAACUGUUUUGACUUUACUGGAAUACCAGUGUCAAAUUUGAUAUGAUUAACAUUAGGUAGAACCUUUGCCGAUAAUAGUUAAAGAUUUUUGGUCAUAAUAUUUUGUUGUUUGGUUAUUAAAUUUAAAUUUCUCCAAAGAAAACAAAUUUUAACAUAAACAUUGGCUGCAGUAAUUUUUGUUUGCAAACAAAUUUGAAUACAAUUUUAUACCCCAUGUCAUGUCCGUCCAUGUAUUUUUGUAAUUAAAGCUCGGGACACAUUUAUUAUCCAAUUUAUACAAAUCUUUAAAAAAUGUUUUUUUUUUUGCACAAGGACGAAUCCUUUUUAUAUUCGCUUUAGCUUUGGAUAUUACUCCCAUUGUAAGAAAAAGUGCCUACUGCAUGUUAAGCCAAAAAGAAAAAAAUUGAAAUUGAUUAUGUGCUUCUCUGCUCUCAUUGUACCACGAUUCCAUCAAAUUUCACCCUUUCUAAAGUCGUAAUACGCAUUCAAUAGUGAUCAUAGUUUGUAUAAUUUACCGCAUACUACAAUCGUCCUUUUCACACUGGGGCCAGACCCUCACUUUCGAUAUAGAACAAAUCGGUAACUUUCAAAAUCAAAAUUUUAAUACAAAAGGUAGGUCAAUAGGUCUUAGCGACUACUUUAUAUUCGUCGCUAAAAUACCAACGAAUUUCAUUAUUUUCUGCAAUAUAAGAAAUUUAAAAAUUUCUAUUACGUGGUUAAUUCUGUCUUCAGUAAUUACAGAAUUGUACUACAGGUUUCCAAUUCAAUUACAUGUAUUAAAAUUUUUAUGUU